GCCGCGGCCCGCCCGGGGGCCCCCCCGCCGCCGCCGCCGCUGCUCCCCCUUCUGCUGCUCUUGCUGCUCCCCGGUGGCCGCCGCGCUCUGGAGGAGACCCUGAUGGACACAAAGUGGGUGACCUCUGAGUUGGCAUGGACAACUCAUCCGGAGACAGGGUGGGAAGAAGUCAGUGGUUAUGACGAGGCCAUGAACCCUAUCCGCACGUACCAGGUGUGCAACGUACGGGAGGCCAACCAGAACAACUGGCUUCGUACCAAAUUCAUCCAGCGCCAGGAUGUCCAGCGCGUCUAUGUGGAGCUGAAGUUCACUGUGCGGGACUGCAACAGCAUCCCCAACAUCCCUGGCUCCUGCAAAGAGACCUUCAACCUCUUCUAUUAUGAGUCAGAUACGGAUUCUGCCUCUGCAAACAGCCCUUUCUGGAUGGAGAACCCCUAUAUCAAAGUGGAUACAAUUGCCCCAGACGAGAGUUUCUCCAAGCUGGAGUCUGGCCGCGUGAACACCAAGGUGCGCAGCUUUGGCCCUCUCUCCAAGAAUGGUUUUUAUCUGGCCUUCCAAGACCUGGGAGCCUGCAUGUCCCUCAUCUCCGUCCGGGCGUUCUACAAGAAAUGCUCCAACACCAUUGCUGGCUUUGCUAUCUUCCCGGAGACUUUAACGGGGGCUGAGCCCACUUCCCUGGUCAUCGCCCCGGGCACCUGCAUCCCCAAUGCAGUGGAGGUGUCUGUGCCCCUCAAGCUGUACUGCAACGGCGACGGCGAGUGGAUGGUACCCGUGGGAGCAUGUACAUGUGCUGCUGGAUAUGAGCCCACCAUGAAGGAUACCCAGUGCCAAGCGUGCGGCCCAGGAACCUUCAAAUCUAAGCAGGGGGAAGGUCCCUGCUCUCCCUGCCCUCCCAAUAGCCGGACCACCUCUGGAGCAGCAAUGGUCUGCACUUGUCGAAACGGCUUUUUCCGGGCAGACACGGACCCCGCAGACAGCGCCUGCACCAGUGUCCCCUCAGCUCCCCGCAAUGUCAUCUCCAACGUGAACGAGACGUCACUGGUGCUGGAGUGGAGCGAGCCGCAGGACACGGGUGGGAGGGAUGACCUGCUCUACAACGUCAUCUGCAAGAAAUGCAGCGUGGAGCGGCGCCUGUGCACCCGCUGCGACGACAACGUGGAGUUCGUGCCGCGCCAGCUCGGCCUCACUGAGCGACGCAUCUACAUCAGCAACCUGAUGGCCCACACCCAGUACACUUUUGAGAUCCAGGCCGUGAACGGCAUCUCCAACAAGAGUCCCUACCCUCCCCAUUUUGCCUCUGUCAACAUCACCACCAACCAGGCAGCCCCAUCUGCUGUACCGACCAUGCACCUGCACAGCAGCACUGGGAACAGCAUGACGCUGUCAUGGACUCCUCCAGAGAGACCCAACGGCAUCAUUCUGGACUAUGAGAUCAAGUACUCGGAGAAGCAAGGCCAGAGCGAUGGCAUCGCCAACACAGUCACCAGCCAGAAGAACUCGGUGCGGCUGGACGGGCUGAAGGCCAACGCUCGGUACAUGGUGCAGGUGCGGGCACGCACCGUGGCGGGAUACGGCCGCUACAGCCUCCCCACGGAAUUCCAGACGACUGCGGAGGGCGGUUCCACCAGCAAGACUUUCCAGGAGCUGCCUCUGAUCGUGGGUUCGGCCACUGCAGGGCUGGUGUUCGUCAUCGUGGUGGUGGUGAUUGCUAUCGUCUGCUUCAGGAAAGGGAUGGUUACUGAACACCUCCUCUCGUCUCCUUUGGGCAGGAAGCAGCGCAACAACACCGACCCUGAGUACACAGAGAAGCUGCAGCAAUAUGUUACCCCUGGGAUGAAGGUGUACAUUGACCCUUUCACCUACGAGGACCCAAACGAAGCUGUCCGGGAAUUCGCCAAAGAGAUUGACAUCUCCUGUGUGAAAAUUGAGGAGGUCAUUGGAGCAGGAGAGUUUGGUGAGGUGUGCCGUGGGCGCCUGAAGCUGCCUGGCCGCCGCGAGAUCUUUGUGGCUAUCAAGACACUGAAGGUGGGCUACACGGAGCGGCAGCGGCGGGACUUCCUGAGUGAGGCCAGCAUCAUGGGCCAGUUCGACCACCCCAACAUCAUCCACCUGGAGGGGGUGGUGACCAAGAGCCGCCCCGUCAUGAUCAUCACAGAAUUCAUGGAGAACUGUGCGCUUGACUCCUUCCUCCGGUUGAAUGAUGGGCAGUUCACAGUCAUCCAGCUGGUGGGAAUGAUGCGAGGCAUCGCCGCUGGCAUGAAGUACCUUUCAGAAAUGAACUAUGUGCAUCGGGAUCUGGCUGCCCGCAACAUCCUGGUCAACAGCAACUUGGUCUGCAAGGUGUCUGACUUCGGGCUCUCUCGCUUUCUGGAGGAUGACCCAGCUGACCCCACCUACACCAGCUCUCUGGGAGGUAAGAUCCCAAUCAGAUGGACAGCUCCUGAGGCCAUCGCCUACCGCAAAUUCACUUCAGCCAGCGAUGUGUGGAGCUACGGCAUUGUCAUGUGGGAAGUGAUGUCCUACGGGGAGCGACCUUACUGGGACAUGUCCAACCAGGAUGUGAUCAAUGCUGUGGAGCAGGAUUACCGCCUGCCACCCCCCAUGGACUGCCCCACUGCACUGCACCAGCUGAUGCUGGACUGCUGGGUGCGGGACCGCAACCUGAGGCCCAAAUUUGCACAGAUUGUCAACACGCUGGACAAGCUCAUCCGCAAUGCUGCCAGCCUGAAGGUCAUCGCCAGCGUCCAGUCUGGCAUCUCCCAACCGCUCUUGGACCGCACUGUCCCAGAUUACACCACCUUCACCACCGUGGGAGACUGGCUGGAUGCCAUCAAAAUGGGACGGUACAAGGAGAACUUUGUCAAUGCUGGGUUUGCCUCCUUUGACCUGGUGGCACAGAUGACUGCGGAGGACCUGCUGAGGAUAGGGGUGACGCUAGCAGGGCACCAGAAGAAGAUCCUGAGCAGCAUUCAGGACAUGAGGCUGCAGAUGAACCAGACACUCCCAGUGCAGGUUUGACCACAGGGGACUCUGCAUUGGAACGGACCAAGGGAACCUGCCAUAAAGGUUCCGUUUGCGGUGCAGCCCAGCUUCCUGUUUUCCCCUCCACACGGCGCUCCUCUGCCUCGGACGGUCGCCUGGGACGGGAUGGGACGGGACGCCCUUCCCUGGAUCGAAGGCACUCAUGCUGAAGGAGCCCAGCUUUUCGUCCCUUGUCCUGGAAUGGCGAGGCAGCAACACAUCUUCAUAUUGAAGAUGGAUUAUGGGACAGAGAUGGCACAUCCCACUUCCCACCCUGUCUUGGUGCUCAUCGGUUUGAAGAGUUGUUCUGCUUCUUGGAUUUCUUUUCACCCUGUUUUCCCCCAAAUCCUCACUUCCCUCACCUCCCCGAGGCCACAGACUGUUGACCCGUCCGCCGAGUCCGUCAGACAUGUCCAAAGCCUUCCCUAACUCUGUUCCCCACAUGGAAGCAGCCGGGGGAGGCCGAGCCAGCGACAGGGCUGGGGCCACCAGCCCCAGACAAUCACUCCUCUUCUCCAGCCCUGGCAAGCCCUCCACCCAAGGGUCUGCACUGGAACGUGUCCGAAGGGAAGGCUUUGCUCCCUUUCUUGGCUUUGCACGCCAGAACCCGAACCCGAUUUACUAUGCAGGGAGUUAGGCAAAAAAAAAAAACAAAAGAAAAAAGAAAAAAAAAAGAGAUAUAUUAAAAAAAAGAUAAGAGGGAGCAGAAAGGGGAGGGAGGGGGACCAGGUGCCCGGCUCCUCAUCUCUUACCCUCUUGGUUCUCCUGGCCAGCUCUGGACUGCAGAGCGAGGCCAUCAGCACGUUUGCACAGGGACCCUCCGCCCCCGGACCGACCGACGGCAGCCGCGCUCCCCCGAGGGCCGGAGAGCGGGGCUGGGGCGGGGGCUGCGCCGGGGGGCUGCGGCUCCCCCAGCCUCCUCUUUUAUGCAGAAGGAGCAGGUGCCGCCGGCGCGGCCGCCCGCUCCUGACACACGCUGUGAUUGCUGCCAAAAGACUCACUCACCUUUCCCUGAGGAUUCACUGCAGCCCGGUUCCUCCGAGCCGAGGGAGAGACUCCCAGCGUGCCUGAGUGUGCGUGAGUGUGUGCAUGCGUGCGUGGGUGUGUGCUGGCCGCAGGACUGUGGGAGGCAAUGGGCAGAAUAAAGGCAAUAAGAAUUUUA